AUGGGAUUUAAGUUCUGGCAGCUGAAGGCAACUGUCAUCCAACUGCUUAUAGUUACAAGCAUUGCUCGAUGCGAGCCCGGGUUUUGCGAUCGUGAAAAUUGUUCCGACCAUUUCGUACGUGAAAGUAUUCAAUAUCCAAACGGCAAUGUAAUCUGGUUACGAGAAAAGUUUGAUUACCAACCCGCCACUAACACCGAUUUGGAUACCACAGAACCGGCUUACCGUUCCCCCUUAACUCAUUAUAAAUAUCGACACACAGUCGGCAUCAACGAACCUGACAACCACUACAAAGAUAAAAGUGAAAUCAAAAGACGGAAUUUCGAACGCAAUGAUAGUGCUCACCACACAAGGAGUUUUGAAGACCGCGAGAACGAAAAACCGAUAUCUUUUGAUGAUCGUGAAGAGCGGCAAAAAAUUACAAGGAGCCUUGACAACCUCGUAGGACGACAAGAUUAUUCUCUACGUUUGGAUAACCACGAAGAGCGACGAGAACCAUCCCAACGCACAAUAGACCGUGAGGAACGAUCUAUAGCAACCAGGCUUUUUGAUGAUCGAGAGGAACGACGAACAAUUACAAGGAGUAUUGAUGACCGCGAAGAACGACGGGUCGCCGCCUUACGCACCGACACUCACAUUCAGCGACGAGAACAAGCCCAGCGCUCAGGUGACCAUGAAGAAAGAUUAGAAGCUACCAGGCGAUUUGAUGACAGCGAAGAACGACGGGUCGCCGCCUUACGCACCGACACUCACAUUGAGCGACGAGAACAAGCCCAGCGCUCAGGUGACCAUGAAGAAAGAUUAGAAGCUACCAGGCGAUUUGAUGACCGCGAAGAACGACGGGUCGCCGCCUUACGCACUGACACUCACAAUGAGCGACGAGAACAAGCUCAACGCUCACGUGACCGAGAAGAAGGAUUAGAAGCUACCAGGCGAUUUGAUGACCGCGAAGAACGACGGGUCGCCGCCUUACGCACUGACACCCACAAUGAGCGACGAGAACAAGCUCAACGCUCACGUGACCGAGAAGAAGGAUUAGAAGCUACCAGGCGUUUUGAUGACCGCGAAGAACGACGGGUCGCCGCCUUACGCACUGACACUCACAAUGAGCGACGAGAACAAGCUCAACGCUCACGUGACCGAGAAGAAGGAUUAGAAGCUACCAGGCGUUUUGAUGACCGCGAAGAACGACGGGAUACCGCCUUACGCACCGACACUCACAUUGAGCGACGAGAACAAGCCCAGCGCUCAGGUGACCAUGAAGAAAGAUUAGAAGCUACCAGGCGAUUUGAUGACCGCGAACAACGACGGGAUACCGCCUUACGCACCGACACUCACAAUGUGCGACGAGAACAAGCUCAGCGCUCAGGUGACCGUGAAGAAAGAUUAGAAGCUACCAGGCGAUUUGAUGACCGCGAACAACGACGGGAUGCCGCCUUACGCACCGACAUUCAUCAUGAGCGACGAGAACAAGUUCAGCGCUCAGGUGACCGUGAAGAAAGAUUAGAAGCUACCAGGGGAUUUGAUGACCGCGAACAACGACGGGAUACCGCCUUACGCACCGACACUCAUAAUGAGCGACGAGAACAAGCUCAGCGCUCAGGUGACCGUGAAGAAAGAUUAGAAGCUACCAGGCGAUUUGAUGACCGCGAACAACGACGGGAUGCCGCCUUACGCACCGACACUCAUAAUGAGCGACGAGAACAAGCUCAGCGCUCAGGUGACCGUGAAGAAAUAUUAGAAGUUACCAGGCGAUUUGAUGACCGCGAAGAACGACGGGAUUCCGACUUACGCAUCGACACUCACAUUGAGCGACGAGAACAAGCUCAGCGCUCAGGUGACCGUGAAGAAAGAUUAGAAGCUACCACGCGAUUUGAUGACCGCGAACAACGAAGGGAUGCCGCCUUACGCACCGACACUCAUAAUGAGCGACGAGAACAAGUUCAGCGCUCAGGUGACCGUGAAGAAAGAUUAGAAGCUACCAGGCGAUUUGAUGACCGCGAAGAACGACGGGUCGCCGCCUUACGCACCGACACUCACAAUGAGCGACGAGAACAAGCUCAGCGCUCAGGUGACCGUGAAGAAAGAUUAAAAGCUACCACGCGAUUUGAUGACCGCGAAGAACGACGGGAUACCGCCUUACGCACCGACACUCAUAAUGAGCGACGAAAACAAGCUCAGCGCUCAGGUGACCGUGAAGAAAGAUUAGAAGCUACCAGGCGAUUUGAUGACCGCGAAGAACGACGGGAUUCCGACUUACGCAUCGACACUCACAUUGAGCGACGAGAACAAGCUCAGCGCUCAGGUGACCGUGAAGAAAGAUUAGAAGCUACCAGGCGAUUUGAUGACCGCGAAGAACGACGGGAUAACGUCUUACGCAUCGACACUCACAUUGAGCGACGAGAACAAGCUCAGCGCUCAGGUGACCGUGAAGAAAGAUUAGAAGCUACCAAGCGAUUUGAUGACCGCGAAGAACGACGGGAUUCCGACUUACGCACCGACACUCACAAUGUGCGACGAGAACAAGCUCAGCGCUCAGGUGACCGUGAAGAAAGAUUAGAAGCUACCAGGCGAUUUGAUGACAGCGAAGAACGAAGGGUCGCCGCCUUACGCACCGACACUCACAAUGUGCGACGAGAACAAGCUCAGCACUCACGUGACCGUGAAGAAAGAUUAGAGGCUAUGAGACGUUUUGAUGACCGCGAACAACGACGGGUCGCCGCCUUACGCACCGACACUCACAAUGGGCGACGAGAACAAGCUCAGCGCUCAGGUGAGCGUGAAGAAAGAUAUGAAGCUACCAGGCGAUUUGAUGACCGCGAAGAACGACGGGAUAACGUCUUACGCACCGACACUCACAAUGUGCGACGAGAACAAGCUCAGCGCUCAGGUGACCGUGAAGAAAGAUUAGAAGCUACCAGCCGAUUUGAUGACCGCGAAGAACGACGGGUCGCCGCUUUACGCACCGACACUCACAAUGGGCGACGAGAACAAGCUCAGCGCUCAGGUGACCGUGAAGAAAGAUUAGAAGCUACCAGGCGAUUUGAUGACCGCGAAGAACGACGCGAUAACGUCUUAUGCACCGACACUCACAAUGUGCGACGAGAACAAGCUCAGCGCUCAGGUGACCGUGAAGAAAGAUUAGAGGCUACCAGACGAUUUGAUGACCGCGAAGAACGACGGGUCGCCGCCUUACGCACCGACACUCACAAUGGGCGACGAGAACAAGCUCAGCGCUCAGGUGACCGUGAAGAAAGAUUAGAAGCUACCAGGGGAUUUGAUGACCGCGAAGAACGACGGGAUAACGUCUUACGCACCGACACUCACAAUGUGCGACGAGAACAAGUUCAGCGCUCAGGUGACCGUGAAGAAAGAUUAGAAGCUACCAGGCGAUUUGAUGACCGCGAAGAACGACGGGAUAACGUCUUACGCACCGACACUCACAAUGUGCGACGAGAACAAGCUCAGCGCUCAGGUGACCGUGAAGAAAGAUUAGAAGCUACCAGGCGAUUUGAUGACCGCGAACAACGACGGGAUGCCGCCUUACGCACCGACACUUACAAUGAGCGACGAGAACACGCUCAGCGCUCAGGUGACCGUGAAGAAAGAUUAGAAGCUACCAAGCGAUUUGAUGACCGCGAAGAACGACGGGAUUCCGCCUUACGCAUCGACACUCACAAUGUGCGACGAGAACAAGCUCAGCGCUCAGGUGACCGUGAAGAAAUAUUAGAAGCUACCAGGCGAUUUGAUGACCGCGAACAACGACGGGAUAACGUCUUACGCACCGACACUCACAAUGAGCGACGAGAACAAGCUCAGCGCUCAGGUGACCGUGAAGAAAGAUUAGAAGCUACCAGGCGAUUUGAUGACCGCGAAGAACGACGGGAUAACGUCUUACGCAUCGACACUCACAUUGAGCGACGAGAACAAGCUCAGCGCUCAGGUGACCGUGAAGAAAGAUUAGAAGCUACCACGCGAUUUAAUGACCGCGAAGAACGACGGGAUAACGUCUUACGCACCGACACUCACAAUGUGCGACGAGAACAAGCUCAGCGCUCAGGUGACCGUGAAGAAAGAUUAGAAGCUACCAGGGGAUUUGAUGACCGCGAACAACGACGGGAUGCCGCCUUACGCACCGACACUCACAAUGGGCGACGAGAACAAGCUCAGCGCUCAGGUGACCGUGAAGAAAGAUUAGAAGCUACCAGGCGAUUUGAUGACCGCGAAGAACGACGCGAUAACGUCUUAUGCACCGACACUCACAAUGUGCGACGAGAACAAGCUCAGCGCUCAGGUGACCGUGAAGAAAGAUUAGAGGCUACCAGACGAUUUGAUGACCGCGAAGAACGACGGGUCGCCGCCUUACGCACCGACACUCACAAUGGGCGACGAGAACAAGCUCAGCGCUCAGGUGACCGUGAAGAAAGAUUAGAAGCUACCAGGGGAUUUGAUGACCGCGAACAACGACGGGAUGCCGCCUUACGCACCGACACUCACAAUGGGCGACGAGAACAAGCUCAGCGCUCAGGUGACCGUGAAGAAAGAUUAGAAGCUACCAGGCGAUUUGAUGACCGCGAAGAACGACGGGUCGCCGCCUUACGCACCGACACUCACAAUGUGCGACGAGAACAAGCUCAGCGCUCAGGUGACCGUGAAGAAAGAUUAGAAGCUACCACGCGAUUUGAUGACCGCGAAGAACGACGGGAUAACGUCUUACGUACCGACACUCACAAUGUGCGGCGAGAACAAGCUCAGCGCUCAGGUGACCGUGAAGAAAGAUUAGAAGCUACCAGGCGAUUUGAUGACCGUGAAGAACGACUGGAUACCGCCUCACUCACCGACACUCACAAUGAACGAUCUAUACCAACCAGACAAUUUGAUGUUCGUGAGGAACGGCGAGAUGCCGCCUUACGCAGUGACACUCACAAUGAGCGACGAAAAGAAGCUCAACGCUCAAGUGACCGUGAAGAAAGAUUAGAAGCUACCAGGCGAUUUGAUGGCCACGAAGAACGACGGGAUGCCGCCUUACGCACCGACACCCACAAUGAGCGGCGAGAACAAGCUCAACGCUCAAUUGACCGUGAAGAAAGAUUAGAAGCUACCAGGCAUUUCGGUGACCGCGGAGAAGGACGAGAUGUUGAUUUACGGACCGGUACCCACAAAGAGCGACGAGAGCUAUCCAAUCGCUCAAACGACCUUGUGGAACGGACUGCAGCUAUCAGGCGGUUUCAUGACCGCACAGAUCGACUUGCUGCUGACCUACCGACGGCUACCCGCAAACAGCGACGUGAACAUCGAGAUAUUACUCGUCGAGUUGGUAUCACCGAUGAGUUCGAAAUAGUUUCGCAUUUACGAAAAGAGUCAACUUUAAAUGCAAUGGAAUCGGAUCUGAGAACAAAGUCUAAUUCAAACCUAAAACGAGGAUACAUUUUGCUGGGGCAGGUAGCCAUAUUGAUCAUAGCUUUAAUCAGGGCACUCAGGGGUAACAGCAUUGAGAUGAAGUAA